CGAGAUGGCUUGUUUCUAACCGAGCUGCAUCAAGGCAGUGAAAGAUGGUCGAGGCAAUACCCAAAGGAGUGAAAGAUAUUUGGGACAAAUGGAACAUUCGUGGCCUUGUGAUAUUCAGUCUUGUCUUUCAGACAAUCCUUGUUCUUCUCUCACCAAAUCGAAAACGAACACCAAGGAGGCUUCUCCGGCUUCUCCUCUGGUCAGCUUACCUUUUAGCCAAUUGGGCAGCUGACUAUGCCGUGGGACAGAUCUCAGAUAGCGCAGGAGACGACCCUGAACCGAACGAGUCACCCAAGACCAACGAGCUUUUAGCGUUCUGGGCAACAUUUCUUCUCUUGCACCUUGGUGGCCCUGACACCAUCACCGCUCUUGCUCUGGAGGAUAAUGAGCUCUGGCUCAGGAAUUUGUUCGGUCUGUUGUGCCAAUUCAUUGCUACUCUCUACGUGUUCUUGCUAUCAAUACCCAACAGUCUAUUGGUACCAACAUCACUCAUGCUUAUGGCUGGACUCAUCAAGUAUACUGAGAGGAUACAAGCAAUGCGUAGAGCUAGUCUUAAAAGGUUCAAGGAUUCGAUGCUUGGGGAGCCCGAACCUGGACUCGACUACGCGAGGUUCAUGGAGGAAUACAAAAUUAGGAAGAUUUCAAAAGAGCGUAGCCAGUUAGUUAGGGUGGAGGAGCGUGAGAAAGAGCAAGGAGUUCAGGUACCAGUAAGGCCAGAGGUUAUUACCCAUCUCCAGGUUGUUCAGUAUGCUUAUAAGUACUUCAAUAUCUACAAAGGUCUUGUGGUAGAUUUCAUCUAUAGCUCUCAGCAGUGGAUAGAGAGCAAGCUCUUUUUUCAGUCAUUGUCGGCAGAAGAUGCUUUGAGGAUUCUAGAGGUAGAGCUCAGCUUCAUCUAUGGAACAUUAUUCACCAAAGUUGACAUCUUGCACACCUGGAUUGGAGCUGCUUUCCGCUGUAUAGCCUUGGGUUGCUUGUUUGCAUCUCUCUACAUCUUCAAAACAUCCAGGAAAGAUGGAUAUGAUUGUUUUGAUGUUGGUCUUACUUAUGCUUUGAUCUUUGGUGGAAUCGCACUCGAUUUCAUUUCCAUCCUCAUAUACUGUGUAUCCGACUGGACAUUUGCUAGAUUGAGGAAGCCUAAGGAGGAGGUAGACAAGAAAGAUACCAGGUUUGAGAGAUUUCUCAAUUGGCUCCUCAGUUUCAGGGAACUGAAGUGGAAGAAAUGCAAGUGUCACGAGGAAGAACAACCUUGUCACAUGGUGCUUGAUAGACUCUCUAUAUUUCGGCGAUGGUCGGAGUACAUUUAUGCAUACAACCUGAUUGGGUCCUCCCUGAAGAUAAAACCAAAGAGAAUCCACCACACCAGGGGUUACAUACACAGUUUCUUUAAUGCCAUCAUUGGAAGCUUGUACAUAGAUCAUGUCUUUGAUAUCAUAAUCCGAGAAACAGUCUUAGUUUCCAGAGCCUUGAAUCGCAUCCGCAAGAAUAUAGACCUAUGCAUCAUUUCUCUGUUCAUAAAGCAUCAUCGAGUGGCGUAUUAUGUUCUUUACCCUGUCAGGCUGUUGCUUAGAUUCUGGUUUGGGAUUCCUUUGAUUAACUAUCUAUUGGAAUUCUUCGGCAUCCCAGAUCAGCUAAACGAGAUAGUAUUCACAUCCCACACACGCCUCACGAAAGAGCUUUGGGAAUUCAUAUUUGAGGAGGUUAAGCGUAGAUCCAUCUUAGUUGUUGGCUCAGAAAGUGCCAGCUACAUAUAUUCGGCUAGAGGUGACUGGAUUCUGAGGGAUAUGAGAGUAGGAGAUUGUCACGAGAAACUGCUGCAGUAUGUUACUGAAGUUGAUUACGAUCAGAGCAUUCUGGUGUGGCACGUCGCCACUGAGCUCCUACACCAAACACAAGUAGACAAUGCAGCAAGAAAUGUCAGAUGCAACGAGUUCAGCAAAACCUUAUCAGACUACAUGAUGUACCUGUUAAUCGUGCAGCCGUCUAUGAUGUCAACAGUUGCGGGAAUCAACAAGUUAAGAUUCAGAGAGGCGAUAGCAGAAGCCAAAAACUUUCAAGAGGCAAAAACACUGUUUCAGAGGACGCACGUUGAGGAUUCAAGAGAUGCAAAGAAGGCCUGUAAAGCAAUAAUGGAUUCCUAUAAGAAAGUAGAGCGAAGAUAUGAGAACACCGAAGGAUACCAAAGCAAGUCUGUGCUAGUCCAAGCGAAUAUACUAGCCAAGGAGCUUCAGCGGAUAGAUGGUGACAUGUGGGAAGUAGUGAGCAAAGUGUGGGUGGAGAUGCUUUGCUAUGCAGCAAGUCACUGUGAUUCUAAACAACAUGCAGCGCAACUCAACAAAGGUGGUGAAUUGAUCAACUUUGUUUGGCUUCUGAUGGCUCAUUUCGGACUUGGAGAGCAAUUCAUGACCACCAAUGAAGAUUCUAGAGCCAGACUGGUCUUGAUGAUCAUUAAAGGUAUAUUUAGGAGAUAUGAGAAAUGGAAUCCUGUGCAUCCUACUUAUGGAGCAUUUUGGGGUAUGGGGAUUGGGAUUGGUUGUGGUGUCGGAUGGGGACCUGGUUUUGGCCCUGAGGUCAUUGGUUAUGUUGGUGCAGGCUGCGGCGUUGGUUUUAGUGUUGGCAUAACACUUGCUGGUCUCGGCAUUGGUCUCCCCACCAAUUUUCUUCUUGCAGCUCCUUAUAACACUGUGGAAGCAACUAGAAAGGGUGCUUUUAAUUUGUUUGGUAAAAAUCUCUCAACCGAUGGUUGGAGCGAUUUUAUGCCUCAAAUCGCGGGGUUGCAGAGACAAGUCACUGAGAUGUGCUCUGGUUUUAACAAGAAGUCUCACUUAAAUAAUGCCAUUGACAUAAAAAGUUUUCCUUUGUUCAUUUCACAUGAUUGUGGGAAAUUUGGGAGUCAUCUUCUCCAUGUGCGCAAAGGUUCGGUGGACAAUAAAUCAUCAGCUAUCACAAAUCAGAACAUGGUUCCUGUCUUGUUUGAAACACAAGAAGAGCUUAUGGAACUUGCUAAGAAGUUUAUAUCUGAAAUUGAUGAGAAGCUCGAGCUUAAAUCUGAAAUUGAUAAAGAGCUUGAGAAAAUCAAGUCUUCCUUCAAUGAAGAAUAUGAGAAAUGGUCGUCUGGAAAACAGAGUGGAUCUUCCUCUAAGCAUGGAAACCUGUCCACAGAUGGCGAUUCAUCACCAACUCGCAACAGCAGUAAAAAAGGGCGGCCUAAGGCGAACCGCGUGGUGACGAGCUCUGAGCUUCCGGAUCACCUCAUUCAUGGUUUCAUAAACGAGAAACUGUUCUUGAAGAACUUCUUGCUGAAGCAAAAGGAAUCCGAAGAGUUCAAGACUCUAGCAAUUGUGGGGAAGUACGGAGUUGGGAAAACGACAUUGUGUCAGGAUGUGUUCAACGACGAAGAUGUGAAACAAGUUUAUUUCCCGAGGAUAUGGGUUUCUAUGUACAGCAAAGAAACAAAGGAAGACGAAGAUCCCAAAAUAGAUGUUGUGAAGAGGAUCUUGAGAUCUCUUGGAGUUGAAGAUGAGAUGUUUGAACACAUCAAAACAGAAGCAGAAGAAGAGAAGAGUAUCAAAGAUGAAGCUGGGGAAAGAGAGGAAGAGACAGUCAAAGAAAAGGUUCUCGCUCGAUUAUUGUAUGCUCUUCACUUGCAUCUGAUUGGGAAGAAGUAUCUGAUCGUGUUGGACGAUGUUUGGGAAGACAACGAGUGGGAUCAAAGGCUCGAUGAUGAGAAGAAGCAGCAGGAAAAAUCACAUCUUUCUUGUGGGUUUCCUAAAGGGUUUGGUGGGAGAGUGAUUAUGACUAGCAGAGACGAGAGAUUGGCGAAGAAAAUAGUAGGAAAAGAAGAGAAUCUGCAGCGUUUGUUUCCAAGAUCCGAUGCAGAGAGCUUGUGGAAGAUUUACAUAGAUGCAGUACCCACCAAGGGUGACGAUGCAGCAGCCACGAAUGCGGGCGAUGCAGCAGCCACGAAUGCGGGCGAUGCAGCAGCCACAAAUGCGGGCGAUGCAGUAGCCCCAAAAGUGAAUCCGAGGUAUCCGGGAAGAUACAAACAAGAGCUUAUGGAUAAGUCUUGUGGUAUUCCUUUGGCUGCUCGCAUGCUGGCGAAGAUUGAGCCUGUGAAAGUGGAAGAAAUUGGAAACAUAGAUAGGAAGCAAAGCUUCUAACUUCUAUCUAACGCAAUAUCUAUGUAUUUACUCUCUAAUACUAUAAGGAAGCAUCUCGAGAUUACUAUUUAAAGUUAUUUUAUUGUUCUAAAAACUGUUAAGAGUUGUCACUUGUGUGAGUGUAAACCUCUGGCAUUUAAUAAAGAAUAUAAAGAGCUUUUAAUACAAAGUUUUCUUAUCU